CACAAGUGCAUCUGUGCAAAGCGUGAAAAACAGAGCAAAACAUCCUCUGCCUCAGCCCGCGAAGCCAGCUCCUCUCCCCUGUUCCUACUCUGUUUCCCUCACUCACUGACUCACUCGAGAGUUCCUAGUGGAACGCGAGGCUUUGCUCGGGACCCGGCCAUGGUGGCGAUCAAGGCGCCGAGCUCCAUCGACCACGCGAACCCGCUGACCAAGUCCCCCAAGGCCGCAGCAGCAGCAGCAGCAGCGAUCCCGACGGUGGACCUGUCGUCCCCGGGCGCGGCGAGGGCCGUGGCGGAUGCCUGCCGCGGCGUGGGCUUCUUCCGGGCCACCAACCACGGCAUCCCCAGCUCGCUCGCCGCAGCGCUCGAGGCCCGCGCCAUGGCCUUCUUCGCGCUCCCGCACGAAGACAAGGUGGACGCCACCAUUGCCGCGGCCGCCCGGAGGCCCUUCGGGUACGGCAGCAGGAGCAUCGGCUCCAACGGCGACGUCGGCUGGCUCGAGUACCUCCUCCUCUCCCUCGGCUCAAACUCAAACUCCAGCUCCAUCCCAGGAGCUUCCUCCCUCCCGCCAUCGCUCCGGGCGGCGCUGGAGGAGUACACGGGAGCGGUGAGGAACGCGAGCGGGAAGGUGCUGGAGCUAAUGGCGGAGGGGCUGGGGAUGCAGGAGAGAUGUGCGCUGAGAAGGAUGGUGGAUGGAAGCGAGGAAGAGCUUGUCAGGGUGAACCAUUACCCGCCGACCAAGGAAGAAGACUGCGUGGCGGGGAUGACGGGGUUCGGGGAGCACACGGACCCGCAGAUCAUCUCCCUGCUCCGGUCCAACCGCACGGCCGGGCUCCAGAUUAAGCUCCAAGGACCCGACGCGCCAUGGGUCAACGUGGCUCCCGACCCGGAUUCCCUCUUCGUCAACGUCGGCGACUGCUUGCAGGUGCUGACGAACGGGCGGUUCAGGAGCGUGAAGCACAGGGUGGUGGCGCCGGAAGGGGCGCAGGCGUCGAGGCUGUCGGUGAUCUACUUCGGCGGGCCGGCGCCGGCGCAGAGGAUCGCGCCGCUGCCGGAGCUGAUGAGGGAGGGCGAGCAGAGCCUCUACAGGGACUUCACCUGGGGGGAGUACAAGGCGGCUGCCUACAAGACCCGCCUCGGCGACAACCGCCUCGGCCCCUACGAGCUGCGCAACGUCGCAGAUACUAAUCCGACGGCUCUGAUCACCGCCUCCAAGGAACCCACAGCCGCCGAUCACUGCUGCAGCAACAGCAGCAGCAGCAGCGCCGCCUGCGUCGUCGUCCAGCCGCCGCACGUAGCACAAGUGCACUAGCUAAGCUAGCUGAUGUCCGGCCGGCGGCUACUGUCGAUCGUUGGUCGGUCGUUUGAUGUGUAAUCCAGAUGUGGUAACUAAAGCUAGCUGUACGUGUGCCUGCCUGCUUUCCCAGCCCAAAAUUGGCAUGCGCCUGCGAAAAUGCCUCUCCCGCAUGCUCUGCUUCGUCCCGGUUUCAGUUUGUCCUUUCUGGGAAAACAUUUGUAACUUCCGCUAGUAGUAGUAGUAGGCUCGUAGCUGCAAGCCUGCAAGUGUGCUGCACCCUUUUGUCACCGGCAGUUUAACAGCUUGAAUCGCACGCUAUAUGCUGCCUGGUGUACUGUAAAUUAACGGCCCUAUUGUUCCGAUUGUCUUUGUGUGUUACUUACUUCUAGAGUACAAGUUAACUGGAGUACUAA